AUGACUGUACUUAUGGGAACCCUCUAUGUCAUUUCCAUGCAGGCUAACACAAGCAUGAAUACUUUUUACUCCUUGGGUGAUGCUGAUGUUUUCCUGACGUUGCAGCUCGUUAAGCUGAACUCCGAAGCACUGGGCAUGUCUGCGGCUACCCUCACAGCGAUGCUGCUUUAUUCCGAGGUCCACCCCAAUGCACCUUUCCUAGUCAGUGCUGGCUUGGCCUUGGUGGCCUUGAUCAUCAUCUUUCUUGGCUUCUUCUUUCGAGUGGGUUGUGGAGAGUCGCUUGAGACCAAGGAAGCCAAGCGAGCAGAGCGUCUAGGUUCCAUGCCAUGCGUGUUCUGGCAGCUGCUCCAAGAGAACGGAGCUCUGAGCUUGGCCGAUGGGGAGCCAGAGGAUUUCUCCGUGGCUGCGAAAUGCCAGGCAGGAGAAGACGAGGGCUCCUCCGGGAGCAUGGUCAGCUACGACCUCUACGAAUGGAUGAAGGUCCCUGGUUACCAGGUCGCGCCGCUGCUCUUCAGCUACAUCCGCCGAAUUGGCAAGGAGGCAUCGGAGAAGACGUAG